AUCGAUUUGCUACGAUUCCCGUGCAUCAAAACACUGCUUUACAACGUGAGAGUUCAUGGCCUUACUUGGUCACUUCAAUUUUCUUAACUUAUCUUAUUCUCGUUCCAAGAAGAGCCAUGAGUGAGUGCGAAGGACAAAGCAAGUAUGGUUAACUCUGUCCACUGGUUUCGCAAAGGCUUGCGACUACAUGAUAACGAACCUCUAAGGCGGGCGAUCGAGGGCAGUGAUACAUUUCGCGGGAUCUUUUUCCUCGAUAAAGCAGCAGUUAAAAACGCCAAAGUCUCCCCGAACCGAUGGAGAUUUCUCAUAGAAAGUCUAAGGGACUUGGACCAAAGCCUUCAGAAAUACAACUCAAGGCUUUUUAUCAUACAAGGACAACCAAUCGACGUGUUUCCUAAAUUGAUAAAACAAUGGAACAUAUCGAAACUCACGUUCGAAUACGACAGCGAACCUUUUCCCCGGCAAAGAGAUUUAGCUGUUAAAAGAAUAGCAGAAAAAGCUGGCGUUGACGUAAUUGUUUGCAGUUCUCAUACAUUGUAUGAUAUUGAAUGGAUGAUUGGCAAGAACGACGGUCUCCCUCCAAUCACCUUCAAGCAGUUCCAGAAACUGUUGCAAGGAUCAGGACUGCCGUCUCACUGCGUAAAAACGGUUGACGAAAAUCUCUUUGGUGAUUGUACAACUCCAUUGGAUAAUGAACAUGAAAGACUUUUUGGUAUCCCAAGUUUGGGCGAUCUUGGUCUAUCCUUUACACCAGAAGAGAGUAUUUGGAAAGGUGGUGAAAAUGCAGCCUUAAAACGCUUGGAAACUGUGGAGAAAGAGUUGCUAGAAGGGGUCUCUGAUAAGGAGAGUUAUGCACCCUUUCCCAGCUCUACCAAGCUCAGUCCUUACUUGCGACUGGGCUGUCUCUCCGCUCGACGUGUAUUCCACACAGCAUCAGCUAUAAAUGCAAAGGCAAAUAACAGCAGCUUAGCGCACGGAAUUCAGACCUCCUUGCUAUGGAGAGAUUUCUACUUUGUGCUGGCUAGCAGAAACCAAGCACUUGACAAGAUGCACGACAAUAACAUGUGCAUGCAGUUUCCUUGGGUGGAGAGAGAAGAUUGGCUUGAUCAAUGGCGGCAUGGCAAGACAGGCUUCCCCUGGAUCGAUGCCAUCAUCAGGCAGCUUCGGCAAGAAGGCUGGAUUCACCACCUGGCCCGCCAGUCCAUUGGGUGUUUCCUGACGCGUGGAUGCCUGUGGAUCACUUGGGAGGAAGGCUUUAAGAUGUUUGACGAGUUCCAGCUGGAUGCUGAGUGGAGUCUGAAUGCCUGUAGCUGGCUUUCUUUGUCAUGUAGUGCAUUCUUCAAUGGUACUCCUAGUCAGUGGUACUGUCCAGUCGGAAUUGGUAAAUCUCUGGACCCAGAUGGAGAAUAUAUCAGGAAAUAUGUUCCAGAGUUAAAGAAGAUGCCAACGGAGUAUGUGUUUGAGCCUUGGCUAGCCCCUUUGGAAGUGCAGGAGACUGCUGGAUGUAUUGUGGGUGCGGACUACCCUAACCCCCUGGUCGAUGCUGAUGUCGCCAGGAAGGAAUGCAUCAUUAGAAUGAGGGAGGUCUAUUCUGGGCUCGUUACAAAAUUGUCCUCUGCCCCUGGACUAGGCAACAAUGUCAUUCACUGGUUCAGGAAAGACCUUCGUCUUCAUGACAACCCGGCACUGCUGGAUGGCCUGAAAAACUGCCGAGCAUUUUAUGGAGUUUACAUCUUAGAUCCUAACAACAUCAAAGCUGCAAUUGUGUCUGCAAACAUGUGGAACUUCUUAUUGCAGUGCUUGGCAGAUCUGGAUAAUAAUCUUAAGAAGUGUGGCACAAGACUCUAUGUAUUCCGUGGUCAACCUACCACGGUUUUCCCACAGAUGUUUAAUGAGUGGAACAUCACAAAGUUGACAUUUGAAAGUGAGUGUGAGCCAUUUGGACAGCGCCGUGAUGUGGCAAUUCAAUCCCUAGCAGAAGAGUUUGGGGUCAAAGUGAGCUGCAAGCCGUCUCACUCACUUUACAGUAUCGAACAAAUUCUUGAAAUGAAUGAAGGCAAGCCACCUGUGCUGUUUAAAGACUUUGAGGCAAUAGUGCGUAAGCUUGGCCCUCCAGAGAAUCCAGUGGAGUCCAUCACAAGGAAGUCCUUUAUGAACUGUAUCUGUCCUAUAACCAGUACGCACAGUGAGAAGUUUGGGGUGCCAUCCUUAGCAGAGCUGGGAAUCAAGCCUGCUGAUGUCACUUGCGGAGAUAUAUGGGUUGGCGGGGAAAGAGAAGCUCUAAAUCGACUUGGUAUCCUUGAGGACAAGAUUUUGAGAUCCAACUCAAGUAAGAACUGUGAUGGCUCGAGCGUGCUAUUUCCAUCCCGCACUCAGCUGAGUCCAUAUUUGCGGUUUGGAUGCUUAUCACCUAAACUCUAUUACAAGAAGCUCACUGGUGCUUAUGUCAAGAUGCAGUUCUCUCCACCUCCCAUGUCACUCUACCGACAGCUGAUUUGGCGGGAGUUCUUCUUCACGUUAGCAAGCAAGAACCCAAAUAUGGACCAAGUGAAUGACAACCCUCUCUGUAUUCAGAUCUCCUGGGAGGAAAAUAAGGAUCGUUUCCUGUGCUGGAAACAGGGAAACACAGGGUUCCCAUGGAUUGAUGCUAUCAUGAGGCAGCUUCAAAAAGAAGGCUGGAUCCACCACCUUGCUCGCCUAUCCGUCGGCUGUUUCCUCACCAGAGGAUGUCUCUGGAUAUCAUGGGAGGAGGGACUCAGGGCUUUUGAGGAGCUUCAGCUUGAUGCUGAGUGGAGCAUGAAUUCUGGCAGCUGGUUGUGGCUAUCAUGCAGUGCUUUCUUUCAUGGCCAAAUCCCAUGGUUCUGCCCUGUGGAAGUUGGCAAGAAACUUGACCCUUCCGGUAGCUACAUCAGGAAGUACGUCCCUGAGCUGCGCUCCAUGCCUUUGAAGUACCUUUAUGAGCCUUGGACUGCCCCUGACGACAUCCAAAGGGCCGCUAUGUGCGUGAUAGGCGACGACUAUCCACACCCUAUUGUGGACCACAUUGAACAGCGCAAAGCCUGCCUACAGAGGCUGAAGACCGUGUGUCGUCACAUCCAGACGACGUCAUUCGCAUGAUUUAGAAGCCAUACUGCAUGGAUAUACUAAAGAUAUAGAAUAAGAUAUUGAUAUUGAUUUCGAUCUGCAAAACGGGCAUAUUGGAAGUGCAGGGACACAAACAACAA